GGCUUACCGGCUCUCUGAUGAUAAUGUCUGAUACAUGUGUCAUACAGAAGAGACGAGUGAUUAACUUUCUUCUAUCUGGUCCGCCGACAGCCCGAGGAGAUCACGUUGCAUGUCUUAAGUGCGAUAAGCUAGCUUGUGAUCACAGCUGGGCCGUGAUUACGAGCAUAGUGCUUACUAGUACCUGCUAUGUCCUACGCAAGUCGGAUAUUUUGUGAGAACGACGAAGAGGAAGCCUGUAAGCGCUCGUUGGCAGGGUCAGUAUAAGUACUAGAACCCCUCCGUUUCAAAUCGUACAUCUACUACUAUGGCCGCACCAUUGAGCAAGUUUGAUCUUUGGAAAAAAACCGUACCGGUUCCUCGCACGUUUUCUGACCCACUCGAACAUCGGGCGUUCCUAAAAUUCCGCUUGGCUCAAGCAUAUCGCAUCUUUGGAAAGUACGGUUUUGAUGAAGGGGUCGCUGGACAUAUACUGUCCAGGACCCGAUCAGAAAAGACUGUUACUGGUUCAAACCCCUGGGGUGUUCAUUUCAAGUUCAUGCAGCCUGAGGACCUCAUUCUCGUGGACCAAGCAGGGAAUAUACAGGAAAAUGAAUCUGGACCUUCCCGGUGGCUCAACGGGGUGGCGUUCCUGAUCCAUUCAGCGAUUCAUCAAGCUCGCCCGGAUGUUGUCUGCAUUGCGCAUUCGCAUACUACGUAUGCUAAGGCAUUCGGCACUCUUGGGAUACCUCUUGAUCCCCUUACUCAGGACAGCUGUGCGUUUUAUAAGGAUCAUGCUUUGUAUGACGAAUUCAAUGGCAUUGUCGAUGAUAUCGAGGAAGGUGUGGCCAUAGCGAAUGCUCUUGGUUCGAAAAAGGCUGUCAUCCUCCAGAACCACGGGAUCCUUGUUUCCACCGAGUCGAUUGAAUCUACCGUUUAUUUUUUCAUCUCUUUGGAAAAGUGCUGCCAGGCUCAAAUGACAGCGGACCAGGCCGCCGCUGCUCGUGGAAUAAAAACACGUCUUAUUGACCCAGCAAGUGCGGCCCAGACAUACGAAUACCUUGGAUCUGAGUUGUGGGGCAACUUUGCCGGAAUGCCCGAGUUCGAUCUUUUGGAGCAGGAAGAAGGAAAGAGAUUCGAGUAUGUACCUGCACCCAAGGAAACCGCGUAG